AUGUCUGGCCGUGGAAAGAAAGCCGCUUCCUCAAAGUCUGCCAAAUCAUCCACGACAAAGUCUGCUCGUGCUGGACUCGUCUUCCCAGUGGGACGUCUCCAUCGGCAGCUACGGAAGGGGAACUAUGCAGCGCGGAUCGGAGCUGGCGCUGCUGUUUAUAUGGCAGCAGUCCUGGAAUAUCUGUGUGCAGAAAUCCUGGAGCUGUCAGGAAACGCCAGCCAAGACCACAAAAGGCGAAGAAUCUCCCCUCGCCACAUCCUCUUGGCUGUGAAGAAUGAUGAGGAGGUAAACAAACUACUGUCCCAUGUUACGUUCUCGGAGGGAGGCGUAAUCCCCAACAUCCAGGCCACGCUGCAACCCAAGAAGACCAAGGGCACCAGCAGAGACGAGGACCGCACGGCCAAGGAUGUGCAGUCACAAGAGUUUUAA